AUGGCUGCCUCAACUGCAAGAGGCGAAAAGUCAAGUGCGAUGAAGGGAAACCCGUCUGUGCUAACUGCAUCGACUUCUGUGUGCCUUGCGAUUUUGCACCGUCGCAACUUCCCUUGGGGGCCUCUGACUCCUCGACUACUCCCGGAGCCCACAACAGCGUCGACGGAGUUGAACCACGCUUCCUUCCACGCCGUGGAAGAGGACGACCACGGAGGGACUGGACACUCCGUCCUCGACGGCGCUGACGCCCAUGUUGAACUCUUACUCCAUUUCACUUCAUGCACGGCCCAGUCGCUUGCCGGCUCUGACAAGGACGACCACCCUAUUGUCAAAUUCUGGGCACACAAUGUCCCCCGGCUUGGGUUGUCCCAUCAUUUCGUCCUGGAUCUUACCUUGGCGGUGGCCGGAUACCACCUGGCGUACCUCCGAGCGGGAGAAGGCAGACAGCAGGACUAUGAGGCCCUAGCCGAGCGCCAUAUGGCAGCAGGGCUGGCCGAGAUGACCAAGGUGCUGCCGAACCUAGAUGAUAACAAUUGUGGGGCGCUCUACGUAUCUGCCGUUCUCGUGUGCUAUUGCGCUUUCGCCGCUGGCUCGACGAGUCCGGACGAUCUACUCCUCUGCAACAUCCGCGACGAAAAUCCUGUGCGCUGGUUGCCGCUGAUUCAUGGAGUGCGAUUGAUUCGCACGACGGCCGAUCCUGCUAUACUCUUCUCCGGACUGAUGGCGCCUCUUGACGAAUCCAAUGGGCCCAGUCCAGAUCCAGGCCCCACGUUUGCUCGCGAGUGCUUCUCAAGGAUUGAGUGGGAAAAGCCGCUCUAUGAGUUGCGCAGCUAUAUAGCUUCAUAUGGUGGACCGGAUGUCGAUGUCUACCUCCGCGCCUUUGAUACGUUAUCGUUAAUUUAUAAAGCCACCUAUGGCAAGGCCGAUGGCUCCCACGGCGGUCCACCCGAAAAUCAGUUCAUUCUCGGUUGGCUGUAUCGGAUGGAGGAUAGUUUUGUGGCCUGCUUACGCCGCAAAGAACCUCUGGCACUGCUAUUACUAGCACACUACGCCCUGUUAUUCAGAACCAUGGGCAAGCGUUGGUACAUGCGGGGCUGGUGUGAUCACCUUCUCGUCCGGAUAAGAGACUUUCUUGGGGAAGACUUUGUCACCUGGUUGCGAUGGCCGAUGCAACAGGCCGGGGUCGGAGUGGAGCAGAAACCACACUUUAUGAACUACGGCGCAGAUGACAUUUUUCAACUAUCAUGA